AUCACCACCAACCCCCAACCCAACGUCACCCUAUAUAUUCAUAUUCCAUCAAUGCAUCGAAUCAACCAAAUUUCAGUCCACCUUUGCCAGAUUCAGUCAACUCAGAACCAUGGCUGCUCAAAUUUCUGGUAUCUCUUCCGCAUGCUCCGUUGCAUCCUUCAAAAAUCAGUCUCCUUUUGAUUCACUCAGCUCCAUCAGAUCAUCAACACUCGCGUUUUCUUCCAACCUCAACGGAAAUCUUUCAAUCAAAUCCUUGGAAACUCGAACAAGUCAGAAGUCGUCUACAAUUUGUUCAGCAGUACUAGUAGAACACAACUCUGAGCAAAUGGAGGUUGACACCACUCUGAGCCCUAGAGUCAACUCAGUAAAGCCUUCCAAAACAGUGGCUAUAACUGACCAAGCCACUGCACUUGUAGAAGCCGGUGUUCCUGUCAUUCGUUUAGCUGCUGGAGAGCCUGAUUUUGAUACCCCCGCGGUUAUUGCUCAGGCUGGAAUAAAUGCAAUUCGUGAAGGUUACACAAGGUAUACUCCUAAUGCUGGUACCUUGGAACUACGGACAGCGAUAUGCAAGAAACUAAAGGAGGAGAAUGGUCUUUCUUACACACCUGACCAAAUUGUGGUUAGUAAUGGGGCAAAGCAGAGCAUACUACAAGCAAUCCUUGCUGUUUGUUCCCCAGGGGACGAGGUUAUAGUUCCUGCUCCCUUUUGGGUGAGUUACCCUGAAAUGGCGAGGUUGGCUGAUGCAACACCCGUGAUUCUUCCUGCAACCAUUUCAGAAAACUUUCUGUUAGAUCCGAAGCUUCUAGAAUCCAAGCUUACCGAGAAGUCAAGACUGCUGAUUCUUUGUUCUCCAUCUAACCCGACAGGCUCAGUUUAUCCUAAGGAAUUGCUUCAAGAAAUUGCUCGAGUUGUUGCUAAGCAUCCAAGACUCUUGGUGAUUUCUGAUGAAAUAUACGAGCACAUAAUAUACUCGCCAGCUGUACACACGAGCUUUGCAUCUUUACCUGGCAUGUGGGAACGUACACUAACAGUCAACGGGUUCUCUAAGGCUUUUGCAAUGACUGGUUGGAGACUUGGAUACAUUGCUGGUCCUAAGCACUUCAUUGCGGCGUGUAAUAAAAUUCAAAGUCAGUCCACUUCAGGUGCCAGUAGCAUAUCCCAAAAGGCUGCAGUGGCUGCAUUAGGAAUGGGACAUGCUGGUGGGGAAGCCGUAUCGCAUAUGGUCAAAGCAUUUCGUGAACGCCGAGAUUUUUUGGUCUCGGCUUUCCGGGAACUGGAUGGUGUCAAAAUAUCUGAACCUCAGGGCGCUUUCUACCUCUUUCUUGAUUUCAGCCAUUACUACGGCACAGAGGUUGAUGGAUUUGGUUUAAUUAAGGAUUCCGAGUCUCUGUGUCGGUAUUUGCUGGAAAAGGGUCAGGUUGCCCUUGUGCCCGGAGAUGCAUUUGGGGAUGACAGCUGCAUCCGAAUCUCAUAUGCAGCAUCCCUCUCCGACCUACAGACCGCUGCUGAUAGAAUCAAGAAAGCUAUCCUCACUCUCAACACUCCUUCAAAUAUCUAAUCGUAUUUUGCAUGCUAUUAGUAAUGUGUUUUCGUCAAUUGUAAUUUGUAAUUUUCUUAAAUAAUUGUUAUAAUAGAAUUUCGAGAUACUUAAAAAACGCUAGCGGGUGAACACAUAAAUAUCACUCGUGUCGCAUCUUGUUAACUGAUGUGAAAAUUUCAUUUUAUUUUACCUAUUAUUGUUACUGCUA